GAAGUGGUACUGUCAAGUUUUGAGUAUUUCUACCAGGUCCAGCGUUCAGAGGAUCAGCAUUUUUGAUAACACUUGUUAGUGCAUCUUCACAUUAACUCAGUCUAAACGAUGGCCCAUUACGAAGAAGUAAAUGUGCGUGGGUAUGGGGAAUUCUGUCAGGCUGUGUCUGAAAGAAAAGGAAAGGAUAUUUAUGCUUAUUUCUCUGGUGAUAAAGACGCCCACGGAAAGAGCUGGUGUCCAGACUGUGUGAAAGCCGAGCCAGUUGUUAGAGGAGAGAUGACUCAUCUUCCUGAGGGCUCUGUCUUCAUCUACUGUCAAGUUGGAGAAAGGGCCUAUUGGAAGGAUCAAAGUAAUGACUUCAAGAAGACACUGAAAUUGAGUGGAGUUCCCACUCUGCUGCGAUAUGGCACACCUCAGAAGUUGGUGGAGGAUGAAUGCUUCAAAGCAGAACUGGUGAGGAUGAUGUUCACUGAGGACUGAGGGAUCCUACGCUGUUCACAUCAGUCAUAAGCACUCAAGAUUUCUUCACUGUCAAAAAAGUCAAUUUGACCACCAUUCAGUUUCAGCGCUAUUGAUAACCAUGCACAAGGUACAUCUCCCACUGUAAUUUGAUGCAAAUCAGCAGCUGUGUAAGUUUGCAACAAAAAUAAUGAGCAUCCUUUUUUAGACACAGCUAUUCACUGAAUUCUGUACUGGAAUAUCUGCAAAGACAAACACGUAGAAUGGAUACUAAUCAUACUAAUUUUGUGCAAUCACUUGUUCCUGAUUUGUAACGUGAGUUUGAUAGAUUUCUUCAAAUGUAAUGUUAUUCUAACACUAGCUGAUUAUAAAAAAUUCUUUUUAAACCAUUUUUUAAUGUGAUUUUUGUUGCCUUGCAGUAAGACUCAAAUAAAGUUACCCUUGAUGUUGAA